AUGCAUCUCUCUGUUGAAGUUGGGAAAGCUGCUAAUGAGCACGAAACAGCACCAAGGAGAAACGCAAAGGUCAAGGAUGCCGCAGCAACUCGUCCGCUGGGCUCCAAUGCCACCACGGUUUACGACUACUUUCUGGAGUGCGUGAAAAAGGGAGGAAAGCGUAACGCCAUAGGGUGGCGUGAAACGGUAGAGGUACACGAAGAAACCAAGAAAGUGACCAAGAAAGUUGAUGGCAAAAAUGAGCAGGUGGACAAAACAUGGAGCUAUUUCGAGCUGGGUCCUUACCAGUACAAUUCGUACGACGAAAUGGAACAGGUGAUGCAUACGUACGGUAAGGGUCUGGUAGCCAUGGGUUUGCGCCCUGGAAACACCGAGAGACUGCACAUUUUUGCUGCGACCUCUCAUAAGUGGAUGAAGACGUUUUUGGCCGCUCAAUCGCAGGCCAUCCCGGUGGUUACUGCAUACGACACGCUGGGUGAAAAAGGUCUCAUCCACUCUAUGGUUCAAACUGAAACGAAAGCGGUGUUCACGGACAAUGCUCUGUUGCAGCGUCUAGUGAAUCCUGUGAAGAGCGCCAAGGAAUUGCAGUAUAUCAUCCACGCCGAUGUUUUGGAUCCUUCCGAUAAGCGUAACGGUGGGAAAUUCUACAAGGAGGCCCAAGCCGCUUUGGACAAGAUUCGCGAAGCUCGUCCAGAUUUGAAAAUCCUCUCGAUGGAUGACGUCAUUCAAAUGGGUAAAGAUUCGGAUUCCAGCAUCGAAAUUCACCGUCCCAAGCCCGAAGACCUGUCGUGUAUUAUGUACACCUCUGGUUCCACGGGUGAUCCCAAAGGUGUGGUUCUCAAACACUCUAACAUUGUUGCAGGUCUUGGUGGUAUUUCUGUGGUCAUCGGCCGUGAGACUGUCAAUGGGGCCGACCGUGUGAUCGCUUUCUUGCCACUCGCUCACAUUUUCGAACUAGCGUUUGAGCUCAUAAGUUUCUACUGGGGUGCAACGUUGGGGUAUGCAAAUGUUAGAACUUUGUCAGAUGUAUCUGUUCGCAAAUGUAGCGGUGAUAUCAAGGAGUUUAAACCUACAGUUAUGGUUGGUGUGGCCGCUGUUUGGGAAUCUAUUCGGAAGGGUAUAAUGGGCCAAGUUGAAAAACUGCCCUCUCUAAGCCAGAAGAUUUUCUGGACUGCCUACUACAUGAAAUUGAAAAUGAAAAGGUUUCACGUUCCUGGCGGUGACACCUUGGGAAACAUCAUUUUCAAAAAAAUUCGUCAGGCAACAGGUGGCUGCUUAAAACUAACAUUAAAUGGAGGUGGCCCCAUUAGUAGAGAUACUCAAGAAUUCAUCACAACUCUAAUAUGCCCUAUGUUGCUUGGUUAUGGUCUUACUGAGACGAUGGCUGGUGGUACUAUCCUUUCUCCAUCGCACUUUGAUUAUCAAGUUCAAGGAGAUUUGAAUGGUGCGGUUACAGUUAAAUUGGUUGAUGUUGAUGAAUUGGGUUACUUUGCCAAGAACAAUCAAGGUGAAAUUUUGAUUAAAGGUGACGGUGUAACACCCGAAUACUACAAAAAUGACAAGGAAACCUCGAGCGCUUUUAACGAAGACGGAUGGUUUCAAACCGGAGAUAUUGGUGAAUGGACCCAUAAAGGUCAGCUAAGGAUCAUCGACCGUAAAAAGAACCUAGUGAAAACAAUGAACGGUGAAUACAUUGCCCUUGAAAAGUUGGAGAGUGUUUACAGAUCCAAUGGUCUUGUUCAAAAUAUCUGCGUUUAUGCCGAUCAAUCGAAGGUGAAACCUGUGGCCGUCGUUGUACCUAAUGAGGGCCCUGUUGGGAAUCUCGCGGUUGAGCAGGGAUUGAUAAAGAGUCCCGAUGAUGUUCGGGAUGUCAUACAUGAUAAGAAACUUCGGAGGGCUGUAUUAAACGAGCUGCUCAAAACCGGUAAAUCUCAAGGAUUAACAGGCAUCGAAUUUCUGCAAGGCGUUGCCAUGUUUGACGAGGAGUGGACUCCUCAAAAUGGAUUUGUUACUUCUGCGCAAAAACUGCAAAGGAAGAAAAUCUUACAAGCAGUUAAAGACCAGGUUGACGAAGUGUAUGCCGAUCAAUAA